AUGUUAGAUGAGGGCAUGGGUCUAGCAGAAGAAAUUUCUAAGGCAGCCAGCCACUCGGAAGUUGCGAGCAACAAAGAGUCCUUAGUCCCAUUUCAGGAUGAGCCCAGGGCAACAAUGAACGACUCCAGGGAUCAGAAGGGAUGGCUGGACAGGAUCCGCAGGGAUCAAAGGGAGCGGGUCGCCCUUGGGUCCCCCGAUGCCAGACAUGAACCGUGCCACAGUGCCAUCGUCCCAUCAGUGGCAUCCUGCUUUACCCAUGCUGUGUGCCACAUGGAGCAAGACCUUUGCAGACUCGUGCGCAGGCAGUUUGGCGUUUAUCCGUGUGAGUCAGACGGCUUCCAUCGUUUUGAUUCCCUCUCCAUCUUGGCUGCUGCCUUUUGCGUGGGAGUUUCUUGCGGCGCAGGCAGAAGAUGCAAAGUCGUCAGAUCUUCGGGGCAGGCGCAAAUUUCUGCACCGAACCGAUGGGAUACUAACCUCCGAAGACCGUUGCCAAGCAACACGGGGGUGACGCUCCGGUCUGACAUGAAGAUGGAUGAAGUUCUUCGAAUCCUUCUGAGUUCCAAUGCAAUUUGUGUCGAGGAGGGCGUGGACGGUGAGGAGCGCGUGUUCUAUGUCCAGGUGCUGAGUGAGGCCACCGAAGUCGCGGAGGCAAAAGCCUCGGUCGCUUGCAUUUCGCUGGCCGACUUGCUCGAGGCACCACGCCAUCUGCCCCUUGGAUGUUUACUGGAUGAAGAGAAGGAAGAAUGUGAACUCUACGCUGUGGUGCCUGAGCCGUACAAAGAGAAAAGUGUCGAAAGUGAACUUUCUGGCCGUUUGCCCUGGCUUGUCGGCCUCCUCGUCUUCCUAACAGUAUCAUCCGCCAUACUUGAAUACUACGAUGGGCUUUUACAAAAGCAUUUGAUCAUCGCAUUUUACCUGACGGCCCUUGUGGGCUGUGGUGGCAAUGCUGGUUCUCAAGCAGCCUCGUUGGUUCUACAGGCCUUGGCCACUGGAGAACUGGUCCCGAGCCUCAAAGAUUUAGGAAGUGUCCUGUGGAAGGAGCUUCAGGUGAGCCUUGGGAUUGCUUUCGUCCUAGCUGCAGGUGUGGCAUUGCGGAUCCUUUUGUUCGGUGGUCCUAUGUCCGAUGCAGCAGCCAUUGCCGUCGCAAUGGCCAUUACUGUGAGCUUUUCCGUGAUUUUCGGCGCAUCAGCUCCUCUUGUGCUGAAACGCCUGGGGGCAGAUCCGGCCAAGGUGAGUGGUCCGCUCCUAUCCACUGUGAUUGACAUCGCUGGAGUCUUGGUGGCCUGCUUGUCUGCGCUGCUCUUCGAGGCUCUGGGCAUUUGGUGA